AUGUCUACAUCAACGCUAACCUCUGCUCUUCUCUCAGCUCCGCCACCGCAGCGUUUCAUUUCCGGCGUUAACCGAAAGACCGGGUUGCUGGAAAUGCGGCGUAGGCGUCGUCCUCUGACGAUUUAUGCGUCGUCGCGUGGUCAUGACAAUUACGACGGUAGACUUGUGGACGAGGACAUGAUUGUGCUUCGGAUGCGAAUUCACGACGCGGAGAUGCUGGAGGAAGACAAUCACCAACCGCCGUCGAACUGGAUGCGGUGGGAGAAGCAAUAUUAUGCACACUACAACUGGGACAUCUGCGAAGGCGUGGGGUUGUUGCAAUCCCAAUUGAUGAACACUAGGCCUAGCGUGGCGUUGGGAAUGCUAGCUCUUGUUACAAUUAGCGUGCCAAUAUCCACGGCUGCUUUGAUGUUCCCAUUGCUGGACAUCUUCAAGGGGAUCUUAGCAAGUGGGAAUAUUCAUUUUUAG